AUGCUCUACGCUACCAACACCACCAUCGUCAAGGGAGCAGAGGAAGCCGCAGGAGGGCCGCUGCAGUUCUGUCUGGGUCGCUUCGCCAUUGCUGCACUCGCGCUCUCUCCGCUGCUCCCCGCCGCCCUCGCCAACCUCGCCGUCCGCCGCUGCGGCAUUGAGAUGGGCCUGUGGACGGCUCUGGCGUACCUUUCCCAGGCCUUCGCUCUCAUCACCACUGGCGCUGGCCGUGUUUCCUUCAUCAGCACCUUCACGAUGAUAGAGGUGCCGCUGGUGGCGGGGCUGCUGGGGGCGCACAUCCCUCCCCUCGUGUGGGCUGCCACUGCCUCCGCCGUUGCUGGCGUUCUCCUCCUCGAAGCCAACUCUGAAGCCUCCACGCUCGUUGGAGACGGCCUGGCUCUGCUGAGUGCCAUGGCUUUCGGGUUGCAAAUCAUUCGGUCGAAUCAGUUUGCCAAGCAAGUGCCGCCCUCUGCGACCCUCGACCUCAUCUCAAUGCAGGCGAGCACAUGGCCCUGGUUGCAAAUGGCAUACACUGGCAUUGUCUCCACAGCACUUUGCCUCUGGCUCGAGAUUUUGGCUUUCCGGCAUGUUGCGGCGUCUGAUGCGGCAGUGAUCUACACUCUAGACCCCCUCUACUCGGCCGUUUUGGCUACGAUUGUUCUUCAUGAGGAGUGGACAACCUUAAGCUACAUUGGAGCUGCGUUAAUAUUUGGGGGGAGCGUUGUUAUCAGUCCCGCUGUACUCACCGCCAGCCAUGCACUCCGUCGCGCAGCAUUGCUUCGCGGCGCACCGCCAGCUGACGCGCCUAUUCCCCCCCUCCGCAUCUUUUUCCGCAAGUGUUCGCCGCGCAACCGCAGUCGCGCCAGUGAGGUGUCCAGCGGCUCGUCCGCAGAAGCUUCCGCGAAGGAAGAGCCGAAUGUGAAGGACCUUGCGCUAAAGGCGCGGCUGGCGCUGUCGGCGGAAGAGGAGGAGGAAUUCGGCAAGUCGAUCUCACGCAUAGUAGACUGGUUCGGGCAGCUACAGCAGGUGGACCUUUCAGAUGUCCCUGCUGCCAUCCGCGUCGGAGGGGAGGAGCUGCGGCCGGAUAACAUGCGAGAGGACGUCGUUGUCGACUUUGAAAACAGGGAGGAAAUGCUGAGCCAAGUACCCAAGAUGGACGGGCCAUUCCUGAAAGUGCCCAACGUUCUGCCCAGCAAUUGA